GUGUGCGUGAAGCGGCUUUUGUUAAAUCUGCCAGCGAUAAAAUCGCACGGUUCGUCCACUUCUUUCGCCCUUCUACGCCCGUCUGCGGGGUCAGACUUAACUGCCCGACUUAAACGACACCACUUUCGGUUUGCUGGAGUUCAAGCCCGCGCCCUUCGACUGGGAACGGGGGGGUUUGUCGCCCCCUCCGCCCCUGCCUGAGUCGCGACCGCGGUGCACACUUGAGAUGUGCUUGGUGGUCUCCUCAAGGUCGUCGAGACGCCUUUCCAGGCGCACUGUGGCGUUUUCGAGCUGCGGUUCGUGGGAGAUAUGGUACAUCGAGGACACCGACGUGGAAGAUGAGGGGGAAGCAGAGCGCAGUUUGUUCGCUUCGUGUUUGCGUGCACGGGCUUUCGAUGCCAUAAACGACUGCGAUGCAUCCUCCCUGGUCAUCUCCACCCGGAUUUCAGGUUUCAACCCGUUCUCAAACGAUGCAAUGAGCGCCUGAUCAAAAGCGUGUUCAUGCGCGUUUGUGUUCAGCGGAGCUGUGCGUUCGGCUUCCGCCAGGAGUCGUGAGUAUGAUUGCGACACCCUGAGAGCUUACUCGUCAACGGAUUCCUCAGCUUUUUUUGCUUGGAGGGUCAUGACGUCUCUGGCAAGUAGCGAGAUUCUGUUGGCGGGUGCAAACGGGCAUUCUUUCGAAACUUGAGAACCCGGUAGCAGUGGCGGCACGUCCGCGAGGGAAGGCAGGGAUAGAGCGAAGUUGAGGGAGUAGUCUUUGGUUAGUCGCCGCACUGCGUUGCAUUCUGUAGCGUUUUGGCUUGUGCUCAUGUCCGUGAAAGCGUAAUGCAAAUGUUUCGUGCCGGUCUUUUUGCAGCUUGGUGGUCUUUUUGCAGCUUGGUGGACAGCAAA